UUAAAUUUAUUUAACUAUAAAUAAAAAAAUUUUAGAUCUAUAAAAAAGUGUGGGUAUAUUGCUAGUAUAAUUACAGAUGGCGGAGUUGUAGAAAUAUAUAGUCUAAUGGCAAUAAUAUAUUAUUUCUUUGUGUCAUAUCAAUGUUGGAAAUCAUUAUUAAUUCUUUUUAAUAGUUGAAUAAUAAGGAAUUGUUGAUUGUCAAACUUUACUUUUAUUUGCAGGUUGUGUUCCCAGGCUUAGAGCAGUUGCAUCUAUAUUCAAUCCCAGCGAAAAAACCAUGGCAUGAGCAACUUUCAGUAACUUCUUUUGGUGGUCAAAAUUUAACAAAGUUGGAAGUGUACGCAUGCUAUUAUUUGAAGAAUAUAUUUACUUCUGCUAUGGUUGAAAGCUUUGUGCAACUGAAAACACUUAAUAUUGAAAGAUGUAAUGAACUUGAAGAGAUAAUAAUAGUGACGGAAGGAUUAGUAGAAGAAGAAGAAAGGAUGAGGAAAUUGGUGUUUCCUAAAUUAGACCGCUUGAAGCUCAGGAAUCUUCCUAAGCUCAAAAGAUUUGGCUUUGGAAAUCCGAUUGAAUUCCCCUCUCUAACAUAUCUGUAUAUAAAAGGAUGUCCUGUUUUGAAUACAGUCCAUUUUGAUUCUACAAGUGUGGGAACAACUGUUGGAAAUGAAGCAGGAAAGAGCAGCAUCUCAAUGGAGAACCUCCACUCGGAUGUCUCAAAAUACCUAUUCAGUGAAAAGUUGGCAUUCCCAAAUCUACAACAACUUCACCUCGGAUGGGAUGAUGGGAUGAAAGAGAGAUUGCAUGGCCUACGACUUGCAUCGGACUACUUUUGCAAACUAAAAGUUCUCGGACUUGUACGGUUUCCUCAACAAUUAGCCAUAUUCCCAUCUUACCUGUUCCAAUUACUAUCCUUACCCAAUCUCGAAAGCCUUCAAAUAGAACGUUGUUACUUUGAAGAGUUGGUAUUCCAAAGUGAAGGAGUUGGUGGUGAGGAAAAGCCUGCAUCUGCAUCGAUGGCACUCUCUCGGUUAACUGAAUUACGGCUUUCUAGUCUCUAUGAAUUGAUGCAUCUAUGGAAGGAAAAGGAAGGAUUCCAAAAUCUAAGGAUUUUACAUGUGGAAGGGUGUCCCAAAUUAAAAAGUAAUUUAGUUCCAUCCUCAGUAUGUUUCCAGAAUCUGAUGACUCUUGAAGUAUAUGAAUGUGAUGGGAUCAUAAAAUUAGUUACACAUUCAACAGCCAAAAGCCUAACGCAGCUCAGAGAAAUAAGGAUAAAUUAUAGUAGAAAGAUAGAAGAAAUAAUAGAAGGUAGCGAUGAGGAUCGUGAUGAAGUGAAGGAUGAAAUCAUUUUCCCUAAACUCAACCUUUUGAAACUGAGUGGGCUAUCAAAUCUAGAAAGCUUCUGCUCAUCAGGGAAUCAAACCUUUGGAUUCCCAUCCUUAGCAACAGUAAUUGUAAACAAUUGCCCAAAGAUGAAGGUGUUCUCUAAGGGAGGGUUAAACGCUCCGAAGUUGCACAAAGUACGAACAUAUGGGUGGGCAGAUGAAGGGGAUUGGAUUUGGGAAGGAAACCUUAAUAGCACCAUACAAAAACUGUUCACGGAAAGGAAACCCGUGGAGGAAAUGGAGUAUUCUAUAGAAUAUCAAGACAAUCCUUCAACUUCUAACACACAAUCAACAUAGUCGAGAAUUUCGAAGAAGAUCAGCUCAAUCCUUCAAUUGCCAAGAAACAGAUUCUUCAUUUGAAGGUGUUUUCUUCAUCUCAAGUGCAGAAGUGCAAGGGUUCUAAUUCCUAUUUCCUUCACGGCUAGCAUUUAUGUGCCUUGGCACAGUGAAGUAAACAAUGUAUGUAUUUUGAGACAUCAUUACUGAUACUUCGUCAUUUGAAAUCAAAUGGUUAUAAGAUUUCUUUAUUAUAAUGCAAGGGCUCUUUAAGAUGAAAUAAUGGUACUCCUUUUUUUCGUUUCUUUUGAUUGUCAAUUAUCAUAUUACUAAAGGGCAGUGCUGCCAAGCUAUUCUGUCUCUAAAGACAAGUUUAAUCAUGCUGCAUUUGAUCAACCUGUAAAUGGUUGCAGCUUCUUUCUUUUAGUCUUUUAUGUUUCUAUGGUGACUAAUUAUAGCUUGUCAUUUAUUUGAUCAACCUUGGAAGUAAUAACAUAUGUACUACUUUUCUAUUUUUAAUGAUCUGGGUGUCGAGAAGUUAUGGAUGACAACAAUUCUGAAGUCAGAGGAUAAGGAGAAAUAUUAUGAAGUUCAGGAUCACAUACUUAUUUUGAAAUUUCAAGGAUUUGCCACUCUCCCUUUUUGGGAAGGUGAUUUUCUGCUGCAUUGAACCAAUGGCAAAUUCUUGAGUCCAUUGGGUGCCCCAAGGUGUGCUGUGCCUACAACAGCUUGUGAAUGGGCAAUUUAUCCAUCCUGACUAUAACCUGCUCUAUUCUACUCGACUCUUGUGCCGAGUUCCAUGCUACCUUAGUGGCACUGUUCAGAAGCAUGAUUUGAUGGAUCAUGGUGAACAAGAGCAUUCAAUUGUCAAGGAGGCGGAUGGUACAAGGAAAUUGGGCAGAACGAAUGGCCCUUCCAAUUUUCUCAUAUGGUAAGGGUUAAGGCCAAUUACUCCUACUGAUUGAAUGGAAAAAGGGGAAAGAAUCCGAUCGCCAUUGAAGGUUUACAAAGCAUUUGCUUCCUGUCAAGUUAGGAAGCUGGUCCUUAUCAAACUUUAUCAAAGGCUUGCUAGUUUCAUUUCAUUAAUUGAAAAUAUAUACAAGUCAAACACUUGCAGGAAGGCCCAAUGACUGAGAACAUGUUGAAAUGGAGCAGUUAUUUCUGAUUUUCAUUUUGGGCAUUUUCUAUCAGCAUUGACAUAAACAGAACAACCUGCAGCAAGGACCUUGGUCCGCUCAAUACACUAUAAACCAAGAGUUUCCAAGAACAAGGAACGGAAGAUCAUUGAUCAAGUACAAUAGUUUUUAUUUACAAUAGACAUCAGUUUUAAAGUUGAAUUAUUUUUUUUGUAAUUUUCUUGAAGGAUUCUCUGGUUUCGAAUCUUAUAAAAAGUGUCUUAUUUUGUCUUAAACACUAACAAGUAACUAUGAAAAUUCAAGUUAAUGAAGUUA